AUUUAUGAAAAUGUUGCUUUCAACGUUUUCGCGUGCAGUUGUGCUUCAGCUUCUAAGAAAAUUAUAGGUGAUGGGACGCCCAUGGAUUUUUGGGAUUUCUCAGGCUGGAAGAACAUCAAACAAAACCAUCGGUUAAACCAUCCCAAAAUAUUAACACCUCACUUAAUGCAUCAUAUGAAUCCAAAAGUCAAACUGAUUAUUAUAGUCAGAGAUCCAACCUAUAGAUUAUAUUCUGAUUACAUGUUCCUAAAACUUGGACAGACAAGAACAAGUAAAGGAUUCCAUGAUGCUGUUCAGUUUUCUAUUACUUUUCUCAAGUUUUGUAUAAAAAGGAGAACGCUGGAAUCGUGUCUGUAUGAUAGAAAACACAUUGCGAUGUAUAAGGCAAGAAUACACGUAGGAGUUUAUGCUGUCUACCUCAAAGAAUGGCUGAAAGUAUUCAGUAAAGAACAAAUCUUGGUACUUAAGACUGAAGAUUAUGCAGAAAAUAUUAAAGGAACAUUAAAACAGAUUUUCAAGUUUCUGCAACUUGAAGAACUACCAGAACUAGAUCUUGACAGAAUAGUCAAAAUAGAAAAAGCUCAUAAAACAACACUUAAGACAAAACAGGGACCAAUGCAUAAAAGAACAAAAGAUUUACUAAACAAGUUUUACAAGCCAUAUAAUGAAGAUCUAGCACAUUUACUGAAUGACUCAAGAUUUUUGUGGGACAGCUGAUGGACAAUUGACAAUGCAUCACAUUUACUACUAUGAAAGAGGUCACUCCAAAUUGAUUUUCAAAGAAUAAAAGUCCUUCAAUGAAGGGCGAAUAAUAGUGGGAUUUUAUCAUUACCUUUCCUCAUGAGCAGAAUCAAGGUUGAUGACUUGUAAUGUUCCUAUAUAAACAAAUACAAAAAUAAACUAAGAUUAGAUG